GAAUAUUUGGACGAUAAGCAGAAUUUAGAGAAAACUUUCAAAGAAUUUAAGUACGAAUUCAACAAAUCAUAUGAAUCAAGCGAAGUGGACGGCCAGAGGGAACAGAUAUUCCGGGACAACAUGUUGCGAGUGUACGGACACAACUUGAAAGCUCUGGACGGCAAGUAUUCGUAUACAUUACGGGUCGGUGUGGACGCGGAUUUGACUCCUGAGGAGUUUAGACAGAAUCACACGCGUUGUCCGUUCGCACUGAACCGACCCAUAGCUCACAAUGAGUCCAAAUCGGCUUCUGUUGACUCCCACACCGGCGAUAAGCGCGGUUAUUAUACGCUGAUAUACGGCGAGGGAGUGCUCAGCCACCCGUGUGAGGCCACGCGCAUGCAGUUGAUUGCGAGCACACAGUUCUUGUGGUCGGUCACGGAUAUGAUAAAGAGCUGGACGGACACUACUGGAUUGUCAAGAAAUCUUACGGAGACGACUGGGUGUGGGGGUUACAUACGGUUGCCUCGUAACGCCACCCCAAGUGUCCACUGUUUGAGAUAUCAUUCCAACUGCCGUACAAUACUGACGGCUGGGGAGACGGCGGGUUCAUCUAUAUGCUCAAGGAUGCCGGCAAUAGGUGCCAUGUUGCCGACCAUUGUGUCCAGUAUGUGGAAAUGCAAAGACAAGGCCAGUAAUAAAAUAGCUACAUUAUUGGAAUAUUUGGACGAUAAGCAGAAUUUGGAGAAUUCUUUCAAAGAAUUUAAGAUCAAAUUCAGCGAAUCGUAUGAAUCGAGUGAAGAGGACCGUCGGAGGGAACAGAUAUUCCGGGACAACGUGUUGCGAGUGUACGGACACAACCUGAAAGCUCUGGACGGCAAGUAUUCGUAUACAUUACGGGUCAAUGAAUACGCGGAUUUGACUCCUAAGGAGUUUAGAGAGAGACACAUGAAUUGCACGUUCGUAAUGAAGCGACCCAUAGCUCACAAUCAGUCCAACCCGGCUUCUGCUGACUCCCACACCGACGAUAAGAGCUGGUCAUUCGAUUGGCGCCAUCAAGGAGUAAUUGGUCCUGUUCAGGAUCAGGGUAGUUGUGGAUCCUGUGCAUUGUUCGCAAUGGCAGCACUGGUAGAGAGUUAUUGGGCCCGUAGUGGCCACGGAGUCACAACGCUUAGCACUCAACAAAUGCUCGACUGUAAAGAAGGAAAAGGUAUAUGUAAUCGGGAAAGGGAGUCGAAACGGGUGGCGACAAUAGGAGAAGUAAGUGUAAACUAUCCUAAAAGCCAAGACUCUCAAUGGCUUUCGCUCAUGAGUCUCGUGCGCGAUAACGGUCCGGCUUACGUGGGCGUACACGCGAGCAUUGACUGGCCUAUAUAUAGCCAGGGAGUGCUCACCCACCAGUGUGAGGGCUCUUAUAGACACGCGGUUCUUGUGGUCGGUUACGGAUAUGAUAAAGAGCUGGACAGACACUACUGGAUUGUCAAGAACUCUUGGGGCGACGACUGGGGCGAAGGAGGUUACAUACGGUUGCCUCGUAACGCCACCACAAAAUGUCCACUGUUUGAUAUGUCAAUCCAACUGCCGUACAACACUGGUCAGUCUCCGGGUCCCACUUUGACCGCAUUAUUAGAGCAUAAACUGAAAUAUGAGCAAAAUCUGAGAUUUCUGUCUGUCAACCCUUUGCCCAGGGUUAGACCCAAUCAGACCGUAACCUCCAAGAGUUGA